AUGUUACCGACGCCAUCGUCACUGACGUUGAUAAUUGCCGCUGCGCUGUCCGCAAUGGAGGGCAUCAGUUGUGGUCUGCUGGAUAUGUUCAACACCAGUUCGGAUUACCAUUUGGCUGCCUCGAUGGAUGCCGUAUUUGGGGCACUGAAGAAUGACAUCGCAACCCUGCUGAAAGGGCCCGUGACGAAUCCGAUGGAGGAAGAAGUUACCUUCUGGUGCGGAAAUCGAAAUUCAACGAAACUGACGCAAACGUUUCUGAAUGAUUCCGAGAUAAUGAUGAAGAUCGACGUAAAUAAACCGAUGACGUUUGUAAUUCACGGUUGGUUGGACAACGCCACGCGCUUGUGGGUGCAGUUCACUGUACAGGAUAUUAUGAAAUAUUCGGAUACAAAUGUAUGUACUGUAAACUGGUCUCGCCUAGCUCGCUACAACUAUUAUCAGGUGGCUGUCAAUCAUACAUUGUUAGUGUCGGAAUUUCUAACGAAGUUCGUAGAGUUCUUGGUUACAACAGGAAUUCCUCUAGAUAAGAUAACUAUGGUUGGCCACAGCAUGGGAGCGCAAAUCUGUGGCCAGGUAGGAAGGAAUUUUAGGGGAAAAAUUGCAAAAAUCUACGGGUUGGAUCCGGCUGGACCGUGCUUCACUUUUCCUCGGGAUCGAGGACUGCAGUAUCGAUUGGAUCACACCGAUGCAAAGUUCGUGCAGAUGGUUAUUACCUCGAGAUACAUGAUUGGAGUGGGCUCCGGAGAAGGUCACGAGAAUUUUUAUCCGAACGGCGGAUACUCACCGCAAACGAAUUGUGCGCUUCCUGUGACGAGCGAUGCUGAAUUUGCGGACCAGAUAAUGUGCAGUCAUUUGCAUGCGACCACACUUUUUCGGUUGUCGUUAAAUCCGAAAAAUGUAUACCGAGCACGACGGUGUAUCAAUUGGCCGCUGUAUCUACUGGUGUUUUGCAAUUCUAAUGAAGCCAAUUUGCUAGGAGUGUACAGUAAUCAGGCAUCGGGGAAUUUCUAUUUGAGAACAUCAGCUUUUUCACCGUACACCGUGCUGCUGAGUUGA